UAAAAUAUUGAAAUAAAUAAAAUGAAAAUGGAAUCAAAGAAUAGCAAUGCUACAACUAGAGCUGAUCUCAGUGAAGACAAAGCUUUAAGCUCCCCGACAGAGGAUUCAAUUCUUACUCAGGAAAAGAAGAUAGAGCAUCGACUCUAUAACAAUUUGAAAAAUAAAAGUGGCUUCAGAGGCUUUAUGCAUCAGACUAAUGAUCAUGUUGCCACAGACCCCCAAAUAAUUUUCUACAUGAAGCACAGUUGCAAGAUGCGGAUUCCUUUCAGAGAUGAAUUUUUACUGAAAUCAGGAUUUGGGACAGACAUGGAACGUCAGAGUAAAUAAAGUAAUUUCAAAAUUCCUCACAAUUUGCUUUCCAGUCAAACUCAAUCAAUGGAUGGCAUAUGAAUUAUUCAAUUCUAUGAAUGGAGAAUUCCAGCUUUCCAAGAAGGUGAUGUUCCGUAACAUAGCUCGGGUCACUAAGGAGCUUACCAUAAAACACUCAGCAAUAAAGGGAAGGUACCUCGAACAACUUCUGAUCUGAGCUAGACACCUCAAAUUCCUUGUGUUUAAAGACUGAUUCAUAGGUGCUGAAUUCACUCAAGCCAUUAAGAGAUUCAAAGAAUUAUCCGGCAUCAAACUCAAUUUCUUACAUUUUAUUGACUGAAAUCUUAGUGAUGCAGAAGAAAAAGAUGGAAAGCAGUCCAAAUUAAAGAGACUACUCCAAGAAAUCCUCGGUACAGCCUUCUGAAUCUCUCUAAGAGGAAUAAAAUGUACUGAAGCUUACGAGGAUAUUAUUGAGACUUCUACAUCCCUGUACGAUCUCAAACUCCAAGAAUUAGGAAUUAUAGCCACCAUGGAACCCGGAACAUUAUUAUUUAACUUCGAUUACUACACUCUUCAAUAACACUAAA